AUGACAUUUCAUCACGCUGUGCUCUUGGUGACUGUACUUGUAGUCCUGGCUGCAGCUGCUGACCCCGCCUCUGAUUUGGAGCUGUCGCCCACUGUCGCUUCUGAUCGUGUGACCGAGACAUUCCUUAAGAGAUUGCUUCGAGCCCAUACUACCACUGCGGAAGAGAGAGGCUUCUUCGGAGGCAUUCCUGGUCUCGAUAAACUCAAAAAAGUAUUUUCAAUGAGCAAGAAAAAGGACCUCCAGGCGCAGCUGAAGACCAACGAUAAUCUUGGCGACGCGUUCAGAACGUUAGGGUUGAGCGCAGGCCUCAAACUGGGUCUUUUAGAACGCAGAAGGUAG